AAGGACGGAGGAAGCCUUCAUUAAAAAGAAAAGAACUACAAAAAAACCCUAAUUAAUAGUUAGCUAUCGAUUCAGAAACAUUAGAUUUCAAAUCUGAAUUCUUCAGUUUCAGGAAAGGAAAAAGGUUGUUCUUAGCCAUGGCAAAUUCCAAGGGUCCAACAAAUAUAAGAAAUUUUAUGUUUUCUGGAAAGCAUGCUUUACUUCCUCCAAAAAUUCCAUUUCCACCGGUCUCCCCCACAUAUACUGAUUAUGUCCCCAACAAUGUAAAUGGGUCAAGAGCAGUUCAAAAGCGUAGGGAGGGAAAUAAACAUCAUCAGCGCACUUCCUCUGAAAGCUUCCGGAUAGAGGAACAGCCUUCUUGGCUCGAUGAUCUCCUUAAUGAGCCAGAGACUCCUGUGCACAAAGGAAGUCAUCGACGUUCUUCAAGUGACUCUUUUGCAUAUAUCGAUCCAUCUAGUGCUCCUAAUGUGGAUUAUGUGGCACAAGAUGACUAUAGAUACAAAAGCAUGAUUACUGCACCAUCUUGGGCAUCUCAAGAUGCUCGGUUUUCCUCUUUCUAUACUGAUGUGAACUUGGUAAAGCAAAAGAAUAGGGCAUGGGAUUCGUCUUUGAGUGUUGUGUCUCAUCUGAGCAGACUUCCGUCUCUUAGAGAAAACACCAUUCUUCAGAGUUUAGGAUCAUCAUGUGCACCACAAGAAGUAGAGGUUGCUCCAUCAACUGCAAGUGAAAAACAAGAUUCUUCUGAACCUGCUUCUCUUGGUGCAAAAGCUUCUUCUGAGAAGAACGAUAAUUCUCACAAUAAAUCUCCUGCAUGCGACAGCAAUACUAAACGUGCCAAACAGUGAGUUUCCUUUUGUAUUGUUCCAAUUGU